AGCUUGCAGCGUUUCGCAGGAAAAGCACUAUCAGUUAGUCUUGCAAUCCCGGCUUGUAAGCAGUAUGUACGGGAGGUGUUCAAAUCUACCAGCGCUGUUGCCAAGAAUUCGAAGAUUUCUGUUCCAAUUCAAGGACCUUUGCGACAGGAACUUCGGGAAUGGACUUUCUUUGGACAACUGGUCUGGUCACUUACCUUGGCAGUCGGAACAUCAUCUCUCUGUCACAAUGUUCAGCGACGUCUCCCAGAUGGCCUGGAGAGCAGUCUUGGUAAAAGAUGGUCUAGGCCAGCAAAUACGAGAUUAUUGGAUCAACCUUGA